AUGGAAUUUGAAAAUAAUAAUUUAGAAAUUAUUGAUGGAAGUUCAUCAGAGAAAUGGAAUUUUGAUGAAAUUGAUAAAAUUUUAGAAGAAUACAAAGAAUCAAAAAAAUUUGGUAAAAUACAAAUUGUAUUUCAUAUGGAACAAAAAAAUCACUCAGAAGUCGGGAUUGAUUUUAAAUUAAACAAUAACCUAGUGCACAGUUUAGGGAACUACAUUGCAUUAGAACAAACUGAUCAAAAAAUAUUAUUAUCUAUAUUUCAAUCAGAUGAUUUAAAAAAAAUUGGUGAACCCAAUUAUUAUACUCAUAUAGGAAAAAAUUGGUUCUCAGCCCAUUUUAUUGGUGAUGUUAACAAUCCCAUUUUUAAAAAUAUAGAUAAAACUAUUACAUGGAUAUCCAAUAAUCCAUCAAAAAUGUGUGUUUCAUUACAACAAAUUUUCAAUAAAUAUAUUAAAAAAUUUAAUGAAUCCAAUAAAUAG